AAAAAGGAAGGGACACACUAUCCUCCAAAAAAACAGUUAGAUUCCAAACUUUACUUCUAAAGGAUGAAAAGGGUAAUAGGAUGCGUGGUUCUUUAUUUGGCGAUCAAAUUGAAGCAUUUGAAGAAGCAUUACAGUACCUAGGUGAAUACGAAAUUUCUGCUGCACCUAUUAAAUUCAUUGACGAAAAAUGGAGAACUGAGCUUGAUCAGUUUCCGUACCAAAUGGCUUUUGGUAGUAGAACUGUGAUCCAGCCAGUUCAUCCAGAGCUCAGACCAAUUAUGCCUAACUAUCAACCCAUUGCAAGUAUACCUCGUACAGUUGAUCCUGAUGAGAAAUACGAUAUCGUGGGUGUGGUGUUAUAUGUUGAAGAAGAGCCAAGGAAAAUUGAAGCCAGAGAUGGAAAGCGAGAGAGCUUCGUACGAGAAGUAGUCGUUACUGAUGAAAGUUGCGAUCAACCGCUCACCAUCUCAUUGUGGAAUGAUCUAACAGCACCCAAAUUCUUCGACAAAUUACCUAAUUGGGCAGAAGCAUUCCAGGUUAUAGGUUUUAGAGCUCUUAAACCAUAUACUCGCCGUGGUUUUUCAAUGAAUUUUGGUAUGUCUACUCAAAUAAUCUAUAAACCUGAAGGGGAUCGAGCGCGUGAGCUGUCUAACUGGGCUAACCUCUUCCACCAGAAGAUAUUAGAUAGACAAACUAGAGUAUUAGAGGUUAAGUACCUAGGUGAAAACAAAAAAAUUGUUUCCAUUGCUGAACUGAGACGGAAAAAGCCAAGCAACACCAUACAGGAAGAACUUCUAUGGAUAGAGGUAACCAUUUAGAAUGCAGAAUUAGAAAAAGUGCACGCGUACACAGGCUGUUCAAACUGCUGGAAAAGAACCAACCUUCCAUUGCAGAAGCGUUAUUCUUGCACUUCUUGUUAUAAGAAAGAAUGCAUAUGCACUGAGAGGACAACCUUUAAGUUUGAGGCUAGCGAUGGCACAGGCACUAUGGCAUUCACCACUUUUAACGAUGACACAGAAAGACUGUUUAGGAGAAGUGCAGCUGAAAUUUAUGCCAUAAAAGAAGCGGAUGACCACAAUGCAUUCGAGGCUAUUCAAGACAUGCUUAGUAGCAAACCGUUCUACAUUAAAGUAGGACCUACAUCACAUUUAGGCCAGAACAAUGUUCUAGAAUGGACUCUCAAGGGUAUAGAACUUAAGGAAGAACCUGAGACACUAGAAGUUUUGCAACCAUUUGAAGGCACCUCCAACCAAGCAAAAGAUGCAAAUGAAAAGGAAAAACAGCAAUCUAUGGAACAAGGGAAUCUAGAACCAGUCAUUUCAACCCCAAACAUGAAGGGUUCUUCAGAAAAACAUACACAAGAUAGCUCUUUCACUCAAACACUGGAGUUAACUCAGGGAGAUAUCGAAUCGCUUAAGCGAAAGAAAGCUUUAGGGAAAACUCCUGUCCAAUUCCAAGAUGAGGAAACAGAAUACGAGCCACCGCUAUCACAAUUCCGUGCAAAAAAGAAACUUUUCUUCGGCGGAAUGACUCCAGAGAAGAACAAGACAGCCCAAGAACCAGAGAUAUCACCAAGAAAGGAUCAAGAUCAAGAUGAAAUUGUCCCCCUGAAAACUGACAAGAAGGAAGCCAAACCUGUAACUGUGAAGUCUGAGAAGCCGAAAUAAUCUUCCAUCAAAUCUGCCACGACAAAUGAUAAGGUGGUGAACUACAAAAAAUAUACAUAAUAGCCUAAUGGAGUACUGCAGAACAACAAUCUAAGGUGCACUACCUGCACAUCAUCUAAGUCUUAAAUAUUUUGCUAAAUUACAAAUAUAUGGACAACUAUAAGAAAUUCUCUUUUGCUCAGAAUGCUAAGUACAAUAGAUAGUUGCCCAUGUAUUUACAUAAAACUCCAGCAUCGUGUAGCAAUUAAUCUUCAACUUACUUUCAAAAUUUUAUGUAUAUAGAAGUAAGAUGUUGUAGGAGUUGCUCUUUUGAGGGUUUCCCAGGAACAGUAACAACAGUUAGUGUUCUUGGCAAACACCAUAAUUAGAUCAAGGUCUAAUGUAUUGCUAUAUUACAAGAGAUGUUAAAUUAUAUCUAUAAAAAUAUAGUAGUUUA